UAUGCGGCUGCGCAGAGAGCGGCUCUGUGGCGGCCGGAGGUGCGCUGAGCGAGGGAGCGCCGGGCGCAUGAGGGAGCGGCCGCCGAGGGAGCAGCAUCGUACGAGUGCGCCGAGGAGGGGACGGGCGUCUUGGAGCCCGCUGCACCGCCCCCUCAGACCCGUUCCGCUGCAAGUUGAACUCAGCGAGUGUUGGAGGGGAUCGCUCUGCCCGGCUCCAGUCAACCAUGUACUGCCUACAGUGGCUGUUGCCCGUGCUGCUCAUCCCCAAGCCGCUGAACCCGGCGCUCUGGUUCAGCCACUCCAUGUUCAUGGGCUUCUACCUGCUGAGCUUCCUGCUGGAGAGGAAACCGUGCACCAUCUGCGCCCUGGUCUUCCUCGCCGCCCUCUUUCUCAUCUGCUACAGCUGCUGGGGCAACUGCUUCCUCUUUCAGUGCGGCGGGGCCCCGCUGCCCGACGCGGCUCACGACCCCAGCAUCGUGGGCACCUAGUUGUGGCAAGUCCCUCCCCAACCAACCCCGGCAUACAAGUCGCCUGUAAAUUAUUCUCACCUUCCUGCUGGCCGUUCCUUCCUUCUCCAACUCCGUCCAGGCGAGUAGACGCGGUGAUCUCCGACUCUUCGCCAGAGGAGAAAUCUCAAAACUUCCUUUCACCGCAUUCUUGCGUCCAAAAAAAAAAUCGCUGGCCAAGCAGAAGGUUUUUCGUCUGCAGCUUUCUCUGCAAAGGAUAACUUGUCGACCUGAAGCAAGACUCUUGCAUGGAUUUGUAUUUAGAGCCUGCGCUGUGAAUGAAACUCAGUAUUUUUACUGUUUUCCCAAGCCCCCCCCCCUCCCCCGAAGAAGUGGCCUUCUUACAAACUAUUUAGUGGAUGUGUUCGGUGGUGGUUUUCAAAGUCUGAAAUGAUGAACAUUAAAUAAAGGCCUAAUGUGUACUACCAGUCUUCAAGUUCUGGAAGAUGUCUUGGAAGAGACUUUUUUUGGCAAUUAACGUGUAGGAUUAUAUUCAGUGAGGGGUCUUGGUGUUCAUGGUUAAUUUAGGAUAUAAUACACAAGUUUCUUUGGGUGUUUGUGUGUUUCCUGACCUUUCUAUGACAAUGGUGCUAUUUCUGCACAAUUUUGUUAGCUGAAAUAGUGUCGCUUCUGUAUUUCAAAAU